GCCUGUUCAGUGUUCUAUCUUGCUCCCCAACCAUCUCCAACCAAAUCUGAUUCAACGUCUUUCUCCUCAUACCUUUCUCUAGAAUACCUGUUGUACUUCGUCCUCUAGUCUGUCAUUUGUGGCGCAAUCUUCCUUAUCGUUUGUUCUCGACCACACCAUUCCCGCAUAGCCUCGUAUCCUUCACCUCCCAUCAUGUCUACAAACUGUCGACGACGACUCAUCCGUGACUUCAAACGGUUGUCUACCGACCCACCAGGCGGUAUUUCCGGCAGCCCGUGUCCAGACAACAUCAUGCUAUGGAAUGCCGUGAUCUUUGGUCCAGCCGAUACACCAUUUGAGGACGGAACGUUUAAGCUUCUCCUUACCUUUGACGAAUCAUACCCAACGAAGCCACCAACUGUCAAGUUCCUCUCACGCAUGUUCCAUCCGAACGUCUACGCCAAUGGCGAGCUUUGUUUGGAUAUCUUGCAAAACCGAUGGUCCCCUACAUACGAUGUCGCUGCUAUCCUCACCUCUAUCCAGAGUCUCCUUCAUGAUCCCAACCCGAAUAGUCCUGCAAACGCCGAAGCUGCUCAACUCUACCGAGAAAACAUGAAGGAGUAUGUCAGGAGGGUGCGGGCUACUGUUGAGGAUAGCUGGUUGGAUCCUGAAGAGCAGGAGAAGAUGAAUGAAGGUGGGAAUGAACAAUAGAUUUGCUCGUGUGACGGGGCGCCCUCGUGAUCAGAUGAUUGUGUUGAGGUGGGGUGGGAGGUUGGUCGGUUUUGUUCUGCUGGUAGGUUUCAUACCUUUGGGAUGGUGUUGUACGAUUGUUUUUACUCUCAGUUUGGAAUAGUAGUCUGUCACUCUAGCACGUCUAUCUAAUUUGUAGUAUUUGUUGCAUUCGCACCCAUGUGUAUAUUUUUCAUUCCGGCAUUUCUGAACACUGCUGCACGUUGUCCAAUGUUUUUCGUCUCGUU